AUGGCUCGUUACAUCAAUGGUCACUCAGAUUCGGUUUACUGCAUUCAAUUCGACAAGUCGCGCAUACUGUCCGGAUCCCGCGAUCGCACGGUGAAAUUCUGGGAUUACGAUCAUCAGUCUCAAACCUGUGUCCGUACUCUAUCCGGCCAUGCGGGGUCGGUUCUCUGCCUGCAAUACGAUGAUACAUACGUGAUUACGGGGUCAUCAGACGCCACGAUCAUCGUCUGGUCCUCGCAGACAGGAGAACGGAUCGCCACAUUGAGCGCCCACUCUUCUCCGGUACUCGAUAUCCGAUUCAACAAAACCCAUCUCGUGUCGUGUUCCAAAGACUGUACGGUCAAAAUCUGGUCGUUGAAAACCUUUGAGCUCGAGCACAACUUGUAUGGCCAUCAAGCCGCCGUCAAUGCCAUUCAUCUGCACGGCUCCACCAUCGUUUCGGCCUCAGGAGACAAUCACAUCAUGAUGUGGGAUUUACACACUGGCGCACUUCUCCGUGAUCUCGAAGGCCAUACGCGAGGCUUAGCCUGCGUUCAGUUCGAUGGUGAAACAAUCAUAUCUGGAUCCAACGAUCGAACCAUCCGUGUGUGGGACGCAAAGACAGGGCAAUGCACGAUGGUGUUGGAGGGCCAUACGAACCUUGUCCGGACCCUCUGUUUCGACGACAAGAGGAUUGUCAGUGGCAGCUAUGAUCAGACGAUCAAGGUGUGGGAUCGAAAAAGCGGCGAGAUGUUGUUGGAUCUAAAGGAGGCUCAUUCCAGCUGGGUGUUCUCCGUGGGAUUGGACGGCGGGAAGAUUAUCAGUGCUAGUCAGGAUCGAAAGAUUGUCAUCUGGGACUUCACAUCGGGCGUGUCCAAUCUCGAUUACUUGGUUGGCGAUGCCGACAACUUGGCAACACCCUCACCUCAUACCCGGCCAUAA